CUCUCAACUCUUCAGCUCAGUUAGUGUUCGGCGUUUGAAAGGAGUCAGACUGCAGCCCGCGUCUGGAAGUCAUUUUAUUGACAAAUACGAGAAGAGAGCCGACUACCCGAAAAGGAGGACCUUAAACAUCUGGAUUUUUAUAUGUAUAUUUUGCCUCGCUGCAGGAUAUGUACCCUUUAAUUAACCGCCUCGGAUGAAUAUUAGAUUUCCCGUGUGCUGAAAUCUUCUGCCACUAACGGUCCACAGCUUACCUGGCACAGGUUCGCCGCAUUUGACCGCUUUUUUUUUUUUUUUUUUUUUUUUGCCGAGCUAGCUGAACCCGGCUGACCUUACAUCACAGAAUACCUUCGUGGUUUGAAAGUUUUAAUUUUGAAAAAUGUGAUUCCAUGUCUCUUUUUUUUUUCUGGGAGGAAGCCAAGCCCCUUCAUUGGCAUCUGACACAGCUGGGUCGUGUCAAGAAGAUUGAGGAUUAACGGGUUUUUUUUUUCUCCCCCUCCUUAUUAAAGAAACCCCAUUUUCUUGGCUUUGUUUUACCCCCAAAUAAAGGUCGAAUAAGCAACAUGAGCGGAGUGUAAAUAAACGCAGGUUUCUCUCAUAUUUCCCUCCACAUAUCAGCUGAAAUAAAGGGCACCAAAAGAAUAUGGAAAACGAGGUUUUCACCCCACUGCUGGAGCAGUUCCUGCUCACGCCUCUGGUCUGCUGGGUAAAGAGUGUUGGGCACUCGACAGUGACCGAUGGCAUUAAAUUGUCGGAAUACAUCGAGUUGGUGGAUGGGAUUUACCUGAACGAGAUCAUGUUUGAGAUAAAUCCAAAAGCGACAGUGCAGAGGACCAACAAGAAAGUAAACAAUGACCCUACACUGCGCAUUCAGAACCUUUCUAUUCUCAUCAGGCAGAUUAAAGCCUACUAUCAGGAGAGUCUCCAGCAGUUGGUGAUGAUGCCUUUGCCAAACGUUCUGGUUCUGGGCCGGAACCCACUCUCUGAACAAGGCCUGGAGGAGAUGAGGAAAAUGUUGCUGCUGCUUUUAGGAUGUGCUGUUCAGUGUGAGAAGAAAGAAGAAUACAUCGAACGUAUCCAGACUCUGGACUUUGACACCAAAGCCGCAAUAGCAUCUCACAUUCAAGAGGUGACCCAUAACCAGGAGAAUGUGGUGGACCUGCAGUGGUUGGAGAGUGGAGAAAUGCCCCCUGAGGAUUUGGACAGCCUGUCGAGAAAUCUGACUUUCCACCUCAAACGUCUGGUGGAUGAAAGGGACACACAGCUGGAGACGAUUGUGGAGCUCACCCAGGAGAGAGACUGUGUGCAGCUCUCUCCCCUGGCUCCCAUCGCCACCCAGUCUCCUGGUGACUCUCCCAGCAUGAGGAGGACCGAGAGUCGACAGCACCUCUCGGUGGAGCUGGCCGAUGCCAAGGCCAAAAUCAGACGCCUUCGACAGGAACUGGAGGAAAAAAGCGAGCAGCUUCUGGACACCAGGCAGGAGCUGGAGAACAUGGAGGUGGAGCUGAAGAGAAUCCAGCAGGAGAGCUACCAGCUGCUGUCCGACGCUCGCUCGGCUCGGGCCUACCGCGAUGAGCUGGACGCACUCCGAGAAAAAGCCAUACGUGUCGACAAACUGGAGAGCGAGCUCUGCCGGUACAAGGAGAGACUUCAUGACAUUGACUUCUACAAGGCCAGAGUCGAGGAGCUAAAGGAGGACAACCAGAUUUUGCUAGAAACAAAGACGAUGUUGGAGGAGCAGCUGGAUUCCACCAGGACGCGGUCUGACAAACUACACCUUCUGGAGAAAGAGAACCUCCAGCUCAAGUCCAAGAUGCAUGAUCUGGAGAUGGAGCGGGACCUUGACCGGAAGCGAAUGGAGGAGCUGUUGGAGGAGAAUCUCGUGUUGGAGAUGGCCCAGAAACAGAGCAUGGACGAGUCGCUGCACCUGGGCUGGGAGCUGGAGCAAUUAUCAAAGACACCAGAGCUGACUGAUGCUCCGCAGAAGUCUUUGGGCGAGGAGGUAAAUGAACUGACCUCCAGUCGCCUGUUAAAGCUGGAGAAAGAAAAUCAAGCUCUGCUGAAGAAGGUGGAGGAACUCAAAGGAACAGCCAGUCAGGACAAUGCAGCUAAACUGACCAAAGCCAACCAGGAAAACCAGAAACUUAACCAGAAAUUGGAGCGACUGGAGAAUGAACUAAUGGUGGACAGGGAGUCGCUCCGUAGUGCCGAGUCACUGAGUACGGACCUGAUGAAGGAAAAGGCUUUGUUGGAGAAGACUCUGGAGACACUCAGGGAAAACUCAGAGAGACAGAUGAAGGGUCUAGAGCAGGAGAACAAGCACCUGAGCCAAACCAUUUCCUCGCUGCGUCAACGCUGCCAGGUUGGAGCCGAGGCCCGCGUGAAAGACGUGGAGAAGGAGAACAGAGUUCUUCACGAGUCGAUCUGCGAGACCACGGGCAAACUGAAUAAGCUGGAAUUUGAAAGGAAGCAGCUACGAAAGGAGCUUGAAUUGAUGAAGGAGAAAGGUGAGAGAGCAGAAGAGUUGGAGAUUCGGUUGCAGAAGCUGGAAAGAGAAAAUGAAAGCCUGCAGAAGAAAGUUGCCACUCUUGGAAUUACCUGUGAGAAGGUUUCUUCUUUGGAGAAGGAGAACUCUGAGUUGGAGACGGAGGGCCGCCGUCUAAAGAAAAAACUGGACGGUCUCAAAAAUAUGGCUUUCCAGUUAGAGGCGCUGGAAAAAGAGAACGGCCAGCUGGAACAGGAGAACCUGGAGCUCCGGCGCUCAACCGAGACGCUCCGGUCAGCGGGGGCAAAGGCCGCUCAGCUGGAAGCCGAGAACAGGGAGCUGGAGAGCGAGAGGACCCAGCUGAAGCGCAGCUUGGAACUGCUUAAAGCCUCGUUUAAGAAGACAGAAAGAUUAGAGGUGAGCUACCAAGGUCUGGACACAGAGAACCAGCGGCUUCAGAAGGCUUUGGAGAACAGCAGCAAGAAGAUCCAGCAGCUGGAGGCAGAAUUGCAAGAGGUGGAGACUGAGAAUCAAACCCUUCAGCGUAACCUGGAGGAACUGAAGAUCUCGAGUAAACGGCUGGAGCAGCUGGAGCAGGAGAACAAAACUCUGGAACUGGAAAGCUCCCAGCUGGAGAAAGAUAAGAAGCUUCUGGAGAAGGAGAACAAGCGGCUGAGGCAGCAGGCCGAGAUCCGCGACUCCAAGCUGGAUGACGGCAACCAACGGAUCGCCGCCCUGGAGAAGGAGAACCGCACCAUGGGCAAGGAGAUGAUCUUCUUCAGGGACUCGUGUACGAGAGUCAAGGACCUGGAGAAAGAGAACAAGGAGCUGGUCAAACAGGGCAGUAUAGAUAAGAAGACGCUGAUGACACUAAGAGAGGAGCUUGUGAGUGAGAAACUGCGGACGCAGCAGAUGAAUAAUGACCUUGAGAAACUUACUCAUGAAUUGGAGAAAAUUGGACUGAACAAAGAGAGACUCCUGCACGAUGAGAGCUCCGAUGACAGGUUUAAGCUGCUUGAAACCAAACUGGAGUCAACUCUGAAAUCAUCUUUGGAGAUCAAAGAGGAGAAAAUCGCUGCUUUAGAGGCGCGAUUACAGGAAUCCUCCAACCUCAACCAGCAACUUCGGCAGGAACUAAAAACGGUAAAGAAAAACUAUGAGGCACUUCGCCAGAGAGAGGAGGAGGAAAGGAUGGUGCACAGCUCUCCCCCAAAAGGAGUGGAAAACUCCCAGACUGUCAAUAAAUGGGAAAAGGAGAGCCAUGAAGCCACCAGGGAGCUGCUGAAAGUCAAAGACAGACUAAUUGAAGUGGAGAGAAACAAUGCUACGCUGCAGGCUGAGAAGGUGGCUCUGAGAAGCCAACUCAAACAACUGGAAACUCAGAGCUCCAACCUGCAGGCGCAGAUUGUAGCGGUGCAGAGGCAGACCGCCUCCUUACAGGAGAACAACACCACUCUGCAGACGCAAAAUGCCAAACUGCAGGUGGAGAACUCCACCCUGAGCUCUCAAAGCGCGGCCCUCAUGGCCCAGAAUGCCCAGCUGCAGAGCCAGCAGAGCAGCGUGGAGGGAGAACGGGAGGGAGCGCUGAGAGAGAAGGAGGAGCUGAGGGCGACCUACGAGCUGCUGCUCCGGGAUCACGAGAAGCUGGCAGCGCUCCACGAGCGGCAGGCGGCCGAGUACGAAGCUCUGAUUGGGAAACACGGCGGCCUGAAGACCUCCCACAAGAGCCUGGAGCAGCAGCACAGAGACUUGGAGGACAGGUACAAGCAGCUCCUGCAGAGAAAGGGUGAGCUGGAGGAGUUGGAGAAAAACCUGAAGGAGCAACAGGACAAGAUGGCACAGGAGAAUCAGAGCCACCAAGCCACAGCUGACCAGUGCAAACUGCUCAAAGAGGAAAACGACAGGCUGAACACAGUCUAUCGCCUGCUGAUGAAGGACAACGAAAGUCUGCAGGUGGACCAUAAGAACAUAAAGACCCAGCUGAACAGUGCAAAGCUGGAGCAGACCAAGCUAGAAGCCGAGUUCUCCAAACUCAAGGAGCAAUACCAGCAGCUGGACAUCACCUCCACUAAACUCACCAACCAGUGUGAGUUGUUGAGCCAGCUGAAAGGCAACUUGGAGGAGGAGAACCGUCACCUGUUGGACCAGAUCCAGACCCUGAUGCUGCAGAACCGCACACUUCUGGAGCAGACGAUGGAGAGCAAGGACCUGUUCCAUGUAGAGCAAAGACAAUACAUAGACAAGCUAAACGAGUUGAGGAGGCAGAAGGAAAAACUCGAGGAGAAAAUAAUGGACCAGUAUAAAUUCUUUGAUCCUUCGCCUCCACGCAGGCGUGGCAACUGGAUCACUCUGAAGAUGAAGAAGCUGAUCAAGCCAAGGAGCCGGGAGAGGAUGCGUUCUCUCACGCUGACCCCCUCUCGUUCGGAGCUGGGGGAAAGCGUUUUCACUUUUGUUCCAGACAGCCAGGACAGCUCCUCCAUCGGCUCUGGGUCCAACUCUCUGGAUGACGCGCUCACACAAAAGAGGAGCAUGAGAAGGAGAGGGCAGCAUUCCCAUGCCCAAAGUCAGGGUUCGUCCAAUGCUAUAAAGAGGUUGCCUUUCAUGAGGAACAGAUCCAAGGACAAAGACAAAGACAAGGCCAUCUACCGACGCUCGAUGUCCAUGAACGACUUGCUGCAGACGAUGGCGGUGGCCGGUGUUUCCGGGUCACAGUGGGCGGGCAGCACGGAGAAUCUGGACGGACCUGAAGGAGGAGACAGCAGCAUGACAGGCAGCAGCAGGCGCAGCGGACAGCGCAUGAAGGAGCUGGCCCUGUCCACCAACGCCAUCGACUGCGCUGCACUAACACUGCCGUCUGCGAGGCGGGCUAAACUCCAGCUUCAGGUCAAAGACAAUGCCUCAUGCGAGGAUGUUGCUGGUUCCUUAGAUGACCCUAAGAGUCAAGGCCGGCAGGGGUCUAGCGGUGCUCUCGCUUUGUGUCGUCCUGUUGAGCUGAAGGCUAUGUGCAGAGUGCCCUGUAGCAUCUGUACCUCCAGACCCUCCAGCCUUCAUAGCAACAGGACAAGUAGCAAUAGUAACAAUAACUCACACCUCACCUCUCCUCUGGAGGGCAAAGGCACGCUGAAUGGCAGUCUUAGCAGGCCUCAGAGUGAGAGCAGCGGGGAGUUCAGCUUGAGCCUGGACCAGGAGGUGUGGUCCAGUAGCGGCAGCAGCCCCGUCCAGCAGCCUGCCUCCUUGCGCUCCUCCCACCAGAGCCCCCUGCAGCUGCGCAGGUCCCUGGAGCCGUCCGGCACCGCCGCCGUCUCCACCGCCGUCUCCGCUCAGGCACAAAUCAGGAAGAUGGGCUCCCCCAGCGAGGUUCUGUCCCUGCAGCAGUUCCUAGAUGAGGGUAUUGAUCCUGCAGAGUCUGGCAGUCAGGAGAACCUCACGGUGGAUUCCCCUCGCCUCUCCACUUCUUCUGAGCACGCUCAGAAAGAUCGCGCCUCCACCAAGGCGCGGGGCAUUUUGCGCUCCAGCAGUGGGAGAGCGGCGCCGACCAGCGCCGACCGGGCUCUGAGGUCCUCGGGACAGCCCGGCCGGCCGAGCCUGCGGAAAGCCGAGAGCACGCGCGUCAAAGGCUCCGCCCCUCUCCGCUCCAGCCUCUCCUCCCAGGGGAAAGCCACGUCCGUCUCCGAGCGCCUGGACUCCGCCUCCUCCUCCUCCACACUGCCCCGGGCCAGCAGCGUCAUCUCGACAGCCGAAGGUACCACAAGGCGCACCAGCAUCCAUGACCUACUGUCCAAAGACCACCGGCAGCCCGUGUCUGUUGACGCCUCUCCUCACACCCCCUCCCCAAAGGCUGGAGUACGCUCGCAGCCGACACCCAAUGUGGAGGGCAGAAAGUCUAAAAGCAGGAGCGGGGAGCCGCAGCAAAGCUGCUGAGCCCUCGCCCGUCCGCUACCAUGCUGCGAGCGCGUGGUGAGUGAGCGCUGGAUGAAAAAUGGUCGGGUCAGUUUUGUCUCCAUGGGAACGCCUACAAACGUGGUUGUGUAACAGAUGUCUCCCAUCAUGCUGUGCACUUGCCCCCCUCCGCCCCCCGCUUCCCUGAAAGCGCCCUCCCACCUCCCGCUCUUCCUCCCCUCACUGUUCCUGCGGUGCCAGACGCCUUGCUCAGGGGUUUUCAUUGGACCCAGCCUACUUUGGCAUAUGGUCCAUUUUUCACUACGCUGCCUGUUGUCUUUACUCACCAAGUGAAGCUCUUGGAAACAACACAGUCUCCCUCCAUCAUGCUGUGUCUUGUGUUGGUGUAUAAAUGAUGUGACUUCUGGCUCUUUAUCAGGCUGCUGCAUGGCUUUGCUCCUCCCCUGUUUGCAUGUAGACCCGGGCUAGCUGCUGCUUCUCUUCCCCUCCUUGUUGAAUUAAUGUUUAACAGAGCCCCCUAGGGGAGCAUGGGGUGAAUUUUCUUCUUUCUUUUUUUUUUGCGUUACCUCACAAAAGUAUUGCGUCCCCUUGUAAUAAAUUUGCAAGUGCACCCUAGCCUAUUUUAUAUAGUCACGGCAAUAACAAAUUCAAAUAGUUUGAAUGCAUUUCUUUUCUUCUUUCUUUUCUCUUACAGAAAGUUUCUGUCAUGUUGAUGUUUUACAGUAGGAAUGGAAAGCCCAUGUUUGACCUGUGUUCAUCCAAAAGACAAAGAUAUAAACAUGUCAGAUAACUCACAAAGGAGAGAUGAGCAUAGAAUUCCUACAUGGAAAAACAUUAAAUUGCAGGAGAAGACUUUCGCUAUUCAAGAUGCUGCAUGAACUGACUACUAAAAACAUUAUAGUGAGGUAACGCAAAAAUUAUUGCAUGGGAACGCCAAAAAGAAAAAUUCACCUUGUCCACUACGGGGCUCUGUUAUGUUUACUGGUACAGUGAAACUUUUUUUCUCUAACUGUACUUUUGCUCUGUUUUCUUGCCAGUUUUCUUGUAACUUGUCUUUCUUUUCCAAUUGUUUGCACUUCUCUUUGCUUGCGUGCGACUCAGAGAAAGGUGGCCUUGGAGUUGUGUGUCUGAAGCUUUGUAGAGCUAAUCUUCUGCAGCCAUCUACAGUGAGAAAAGAUUGUAUGUCCCAGAUUCAGCUUUUUUUUUUAGGAGAUCCAGGACACUUUAGUGGAGAAAAGUGGCUUCCUUCUCUGUUUUUCUUUUCCUUGAAUCAAGGAAGCAACAGUGAAAUACUGCAAAAUAUCACAAUGACGUUUCCCCCUCUACCCCUUAAAGACUGCUGCGACAGUUUGCCACUUUUCUCCAAUGUGGCAGAUCUUUGAUGCGCACUAGUUAGUCUCUGUGAAAUGAUUUAAGUGCCAAUGUUCACACAACAGCCAAAAAGGCAAUCUCAACCCAGACUUGAGGAUUCCUUUUCCCAGAUCUUCUUCGUAUCUUUAACACCAGAUGGAUCGUCUUCUGCCUGAAGCCACAACUACAUACUUUAAACAGGAGGACACUCUUUAAAAACAUGAAGCAUGUCAGCACAAAAACAAAAAAUAAAAAAACUGUUCCAGCUUCCGUUUUACACUGAAGAAUCACAAUCUGCAUGGAGCAAUCAAUCAUUCCACUUUCUUUAUCUAACCAAGGAAGAGGAUGGGGUCCAAAGGUUUAGAAGCCAGAUGCAGUGGGACAUAAAACCAUGAAAGUUUUGGUGGUUUGGUUUGAAAGGGAGAGAUGGAGAUUGCCUAGUCUCCAGGUUGCCUAGGAGACGAUGUUUAUGACCCGACACACUGUUUAUCUCCACUAAAAUCCUCCUCUGUCAUACAGUUAACCACAUGGUAGUCAUUAAUAGUUCCUCUCCUGCUCUGAUGUACAGCUAUCACUAAGACUAAACAGCGUUGAGUGUAAACUUCUGGAAAGGCUCCCUUUGCGUCUGACUGGAGUAGGUGACCCGCCUGCUGCCUGCAGAACACGUCCACGUUUCUGUUGUGUUGAACAUUAUGGUGACAAUGAGACCUGAUGUUUUCUCCUUUUCCACUUUUACAUGUCUCCAUUUGGUGUAAUUAAAAAUCUUGAAGACUA